UCUCUUGCUCUUUCACCUCCCAUUCCCAUCCGUUCUUCCUGUUUACUGCAAUCAAAGUCGACAUUCGUUGGGCUUUCUUUAAUCGGUUGAUUUCUUCCAUUUGUCCACCUCUUCACGUCCCUCGCUUGGUUUCUUUUUUUCGCAAAAGAACAAUCAAUUUGAGCCCCUGCCGGCAACAAGCAUUCCCCAGGCCAGCCAAGACCAUCCGCUAGAUUCUUCCCGCAUUGGCGCCAAGAGAAAUUGACCCCAUUCACACGCCCAGACCUAGCCGCCAACCAAGGCGUCAAGUCGCUCUGUGCUACUACCACUCAUUACAGCCCACACACAAUUAUUUUCCACCUCCACAAUGGGUUUUAUUAAACUCGCCAAGGCGCUGGGCGUCUUACAACUUGCAUCUACUGCAGCUGCAGCUACCUCGCCUAUCACAGCCAAAGGUCAGUACCUGUUCUUCAAGAAUGGGACGCAGUUCUUUAUUCGCGGCGUGGCGUACCAGCAGGGCGUCAACGUCAACGGUCAGGGCGACGCGACGUCGGCAAACAUCAACGACCCUCUCGCGGACGAGACCGGCUGCAAACGAGAUGCUCCCUUGCUUAGCAAACUCGGCACCAACGUCAUCCGCGUCUACGCCAUCGACCCCACCAAAGACCAUACUGCCUGCAUGAAGGUCCUCGAUGAUGCUGGCAUCUAUGUUAUUGCCGAUCUCAGCUCCCCGGACGUUUCGAUUGAGCGGGAUUCGCCCUCCUGGGACGUGUCGCUACUUUCCAGGUACACAUCCGUCAUUGACAACAUGUCCAAGUUUGAGAAUACGCUUGGCUUCUUCGCCGGUAACGAGGUCACCAACAACGCCACCAACACCCAGGCCUCGGCUUUCGUCAAGGCGGCGGUGCGUGACUCCAAGGCAUACAUCAAGAGCAAGAACCUGGGUCGCUGGUUGGGUGUUGGCUAUGCAACCAACGACGACUCCGGCACGAGGGACAACCUGGCCAACUACUUCAACUGCGGGAAGACGGAUGACUCGGUCGACUUUUGGGGCUACAAUAUUUAUGAGUGGUGCGGCAAGAGCACGUUCCAGUCCAGUGGCUACGAGGAGAGGACCAAGUUCUUUCAAAACUACUCCGUUCCCGCUUUCUUCUCCGAGUAUGGUUGCCAAAACCCCGGCGGUGCUGCCGCGCGUAUCUUCCAGGAGACUGGAGUUCUCUACAGCAACGACAUGAACAAAGUCUGGUCUGGUGGUGUCGUGUACGAAUACUUUGAGGAGCAGAACGAUUAUGGUCUUGUCUCCGCCUCCGGCAACACCGUCACUACCAUGAAGGACUUUGGUGCUCUGGCCACUCAGAUCGCUCAGUCCGGCUACCCGACCGGCGUUGCCCAGGACUCGUACCAGCCCACCAACACGGCACGCGCCUGCCCUGCCAUUGGUGACAAGUGGAAGGCUGCCGAGACGCUGCCGCCGACACCUAACUCGACGGUCUGCUCAUGCAUGUACCAGUCACUCUCUUGUGUGCCCUCGUCAAAGACCGCAUCCGACGCCAAGUCAAUCGGUGCCCUGUUCGGCACCGUCUGCGGAAUGGACGCCAAGGCCUGCGACGGCAUCAAUGCCAAUGCUACCACCGGCACGUACGGCCUCUACUCGAUGUGCAACUCCACCGAAAAGCUGGGCAACGUGCUCAACGCCUACUACAACAACCAGGGCAAGUCCUCGAGCGCCUGUGGCUUCAAUGGCCAGGCCACGCUCGUAUCGAACCCCAAGUCGGACAGCACCUGCGCCAGCGUGCUGUCGGCCGCUAGCAGCGCCGCCGCGUCUGGCAGUAGCGGUAGCGGCAGCAGCAAGAACGCUGCUGGCGCUUUGAGGGUUGGCUCCGGCUGGGGUGCUGCGUUUGAGGGUGCCUUCGGCGCUGGUGUCGUUUUCUUGUCAGCGCUUGUUGGUGCUGCGGCUGUUCUGAUGUAGAUUGAGUUCUGGUGAGAGGCGAUCGAUCGAGGUAUGCUGCUUAUAUAGUAGAAAGAGCUGUGUUCAUUGUGUCAAUAAAUAUCUUUGUUUUGUCCUCAAGUUAAGUUAGAUUCUGUAAUUCGAUAUUAUUUUUUUUCA